GAAAUGACGUCACAUAGCCUCGUCUCCAUCGGUUUGUCCAUCAUUAGCUGUGGACAUCAGAAGUAAUUUUCAUUUAUGUCGCUUUAGACGUUGCUAAAAGCGACAAAAAAUUAAUUUAUGACUAUCUGGAAAUAAUGGCCCAGCGGCAGGUCCGUUUGCAGCCGGACACCCAGCACCACCGUCGGCCAUCGGGACUGUGAGUGACCGCAGGCUGCAGCGAGCUAACGUUACGCAGCUGUCUGUAACCGAAGCUAGGCGCUUCUUCUUCUUCUUCCUCUCUCUCUCUCCGGUACCACAUGAUAUUGACGCACCUUGUUCUUGCUCAGAGCCGCUGAGUAAAACCCUUGCCCGUCAUGGACAAAGAAGAAGCAGACCGGCUCAUAGAGAAGGCCAAGCUGUGUUUACGUUCGGGCCGGAAGGAUCGGGCGCUGCAGCUGCUCUAUGAGGCGCAGAGAACCUUCCCCAGCACCAGGGCCAGAGUGCUGAUAGAUGCCAUUCUGAGAAAUGGAGGCAGUGCGUCCUCAGAAGCCAACCACGUUCCUCCGCCCUCAGGCUGGAGAGACGAGGACCUUGGAAACCAAGAAACCAGGAAUGCCAAUUCUGAUGAAAAGAAGACCUACACUGAGGAGCAGCGACAGGGUGUGUUCAGAAUAAAAAACUGCAAAGACUUUUAUGAAAUCCUCGGCGUUGACAAAGGUGCCAGUGAUGAAGAUCUGAAGAAGGCGUACAGGAAGUUGGCCCUGAAGUUUCACCCAGACAAGAACUUUGCCCCAGGGGCCACAGAUGCUUUCAAAGCAAUCGGUAAUGCAUACGCAGUGCUGAGUAACCCAGAGAAGAGGCAGCAGUACGAUCAGUACGGAGAUCAGUGUCCACCCUCUAACGUACCCCAUCACUCUGGCCACAGCCGACCCGGACACUACCGGAGCUUUUAUAGAGACUUCGAGGCCGACAUUUCACCUGAGGAGCUCUUCAACAUUUUCUUUGGUGGAAGAUUUCCCACAGGAAACGUUCAUGUAUACACCAACCAGGGCGCCUCCUACUCUCAGUUCUACCAACCUCGUCGUCGACGGGCUCAGGAAAGGCGGGAGGAGGUGGUGGAGGAAAACCAGAGCCAGAACACCUUCACAGCUCUGCUGCAGCUUCUCCCCGUGCUGGUGUUGAUCCUCAUAUCAGUUUUUACUCAGAUGAUGGCCACUAAUCCGCCCUACAGUCUAUUCUACAAGCCGGCGAUGGGGCUGGUGGUGUCCAGAGAAACGCAGCACAUGGGCGUACCGUAUUAUGUGGACAAAAGCUUUCAGAAGGAGUACCGAGGAUCCGCGCUGGAAGAACUGGAGAAAAACAUCGAGAGCGACUAUAUCGAACACCUACAGAGCAGCUGCUGGAAGGAGAAGCAGCAAAAAUCAGACUUGGCAAACCUGGGACAGCUCUACCGGGAUGAGCGGUUAAAGCAGAAGGCCGAGUCCAUGAGGCUGGAUAACUGUGAGAAACUGCAGCGACUGGUUGGCCGCCUGAGAGUGAAAUGAGGACAGUGUUGGAGGAGGAGACGUUUCUUUAGCCAAGUGUGUAAUUUGCCCUUUCUGGCCACUUUGUGCAGUGCAGCCAGUGGGGAGAUUGCGCCUGUGGAAACAACGUGCCUUCUCUUGGGCGGUAGGAAAAUAAGGAGUCGCACAGUGGCGGUGUAGCAGCAGGGGGUGCAAACUCCCUCUGGCAGGGUGUAUGAUGUCUCACAGCCGUCAAACUUUCUUAUAGAAGUGGCAUGUCAUAUGCAGUCUCCCCUGGGGGCUAAAAGGGGCGGCGUAUGUUUGGGAAACACCGUUUUAUCUGUUCAGGUUACAGUUUGUUUCCUUGUGUCUUUGUUGAAAUUUUAGAUGUAUUUAUUUGUUAGAUAACAGGGUGAAUGUUAGUCAUGAUUUUCUUUAGGAAAUUAGUGCAGAGACCUAAAUGAUACUGCAGUGUUUGGACAAAUCAGCACACGUGUAUUGCUAAAGUCACAUUGGACAUUUUAGGUGUUCCAAACUGAGAUGGAGCAAUUAAAUCUUCUGCACUUCUUAUAAUAAAAUGUUUUUUGCCUCAAAAAGCACUAAUGGUUGUACAAGAAUUUAUUACAGCUCAUUCUGAGGCUGCAUUUCAAAACUCUUGUGUAAAGAAACAAAAAGUAUUCUUGUGUGAAAAGUCUUUGAUUCUCCGAUGUGCACACGUUUACUGAUCGUCACUGGGAGCUAUGGCAGUAUGCAGACAGCUAUAACACGCAGUGCUUUGCAGAAGUAUCCAUAUUUUCAUCAGUUUGUCACUUUAUAGCCUCAAACUUGUAUUUUUAUUGGAUCUUAAGUGAUAGAACAAAACAAAGUAGUACGUAUUUGUAAAGAAAAUAAGAAAAAAGGCAGGAAGGUUAUGUAUUUUGAGGCAAUGAGUUAUUUUUUUUUAUAGUUCUUGCUCUUCGAUUGGUUGAUAAUGAUUCAGAAUACAACCGUAAAGUGUGACAGGGAUCAGCUCCAAACUUUUAAUAGCUGUCACAUGUAGAGAUGGACGUUUGUUCCUGUUCUUCAUAAAAUAGAUCAGUCUGAUUCGCACUGAAAGUUAAUUUUUAUGUCUUGCCACAGAUGGGAUCGUAUUUCUAACAUUCUAACACAUGCAUCUGCUCAAUACGAACCCUUCUAUCGUCACUCUGAUUCUACGUUUAUAGAGUCACCAUCACAAUGAAAAAUGAUUUUCUUCCCUUUUGACGCCUCUAAUACAUUGUCCUCCAGGGUACGCUCACUACAUCUUCCCAUCCUCUAAAGAAAAGCGUUCCCACAGCAUGAUGCUGCCUGGCUCCGGGGAAAAGGUGAGAUCAGGGUGAUGUGCAGCGUUACUAAUAUCCCAUCCAAAACCUUUUCGCUUAGGUCGCUUAGGCCUCCUGGAACCAGGACGUCUUCCACAUUUGCUGUCAUUACAUGACUUGUAACCUGACUCUGCUUUUAACUUUGCCACAAAUUUCUCCAGAAGCGGUUUGUUCUGAGUCUACAUGGUUCUUUUCAGUCAGGGCUAUUUUUUAUCUUCCCUUUUAAAGCCUUCACUAAACAAUCGUAGUUUAAACUUAAAAAAGUUUUAAACCAGGACUACAACUAGCGAUUAUUUAGCAAAUCGAUUAAUCUGACGAUUAUUUUUUUAAUUAAUCGAUAAUCGGAUAGCUGAAGCUUCCUUACAGAAAACUUUUUACAAAAUGAAACCAGGUGAAACUAAAACUUUUCCACUUAAGGAAUUCUGGAUAGAGCAGAUUGACGGAUGGACAAGUUCUUUAUAGAUAUUUAUUUAUUUAUUAUUAUACAAUUUUGGUAUAAUUACUGUUGCUCUGUAGGCUAAUGGUAGGUUUUAGAGUCUCAAUACUCCAGUUAAUGAUUAAUCGAUUACUAAAUUAGUUAACGAUUAUUUCAAUAAUCAAUCAAUUGUGAUUAAUCUGAUUGUUUCAGCGCUAGUUUAAACUAUGAUUAAACUGAAUUUGAUUAUAAAUAGAUUUGCCUUUUUUUUCACGUUUCCUUCCACUUUGCACUCAUUCACUACUUUGUGCUGGUCUGUCAAAUAACAGCUUUGACUUGCCAGAAUUAACAAAGACGCCUUGAAAGGUGUGGAAACAUUUUCAGAAAAAUUUGUGCAACUCCGAUUGCCUCUAAUUUAUGAGUAAGUUGUGGUCUGCCAAAUAAAAAUGAACAUAACAGUUAGUUUUUAAAAAGAAACUUAAUGGGUAUCAAUGCUUAUUUAAGACACAGUUACAAUAAAUAUGCAUUAAUUUUCAUUGAAUGGUUUUCCCAUUAUUUUGGACACAUCUUUUAUAAAGGAGACUUAAUACAUCCAACCUGAUGGGCCUGAUUUUCCAACAACAAAUUAAAAAUUAGUUUUGUUUUGUAGACAUUCAGAGUUGUUUAAUUUUCUCAAACAGGAUGGUCACACCAUCCAAAAAUUGUUUUUUUUACACUAAUCCAAAAUCCUAAUUUACAAUAUCUCUAAAAAUCUGAACUAUUGUCAUGCACUUAGCCUGCCAUAUUGCCUUAGCUGUGGUACUGAAAUAUUCAGGUUGAUUUUUAGCACUUUUAAGUUAAAACUCAUCCUCUGUGCUCCAGACAGUGAUGUUUGCAUGCAUCCCAGAGCUUUGUUCUUUUUUCCUGUUUUCUAUAACAUAUUUAUUAUUUGACAAUAAAUGUGAAUGGACAAAAAUAUUCAGGUUUAAACCGUUAUCUGACAAACAUUUAAAAACACAAGCUAGGUUUUAAUAUGUAUAACUGCAAGUUAUGUUACGGAUUUAAUUGUAAGCUGUCGGCCAAAAAGACAUUAAAAUGAAAGCUGUAACCAGUA